AUGGAUGUGCAUGUAACAACACCUUAUGACGAAGAGCUAGAGGACAUAGAAGAAUUUAAUAACCGCAUACAAGCCACAGAAACGUUAAAACAUAACAAGGGAAAUGUAAAGAAAAACAGUGAUGAGUCGUGUCCAAAUAUUAAAAAGCUAGUAUUACCAGGAGAAGCAAUAUUAAAUAAAAAGGAUAAGGGAAGAUUUUUAAAAGGUAGUGGAUUAUACGAAGAGGAUGAAACAUUUUAUGCAUGCAUAUUAGGAACAGUAAAUUAUAUUAACAAGUUGGUGUAUGUUGAACCGUUAAGGGGAAAGUAUAUAGGUGCUGUAGGAGAUUUAUUAGUUGGAAAAAUAAAAGAUAUAAAUAAUGAUAAAUGGGUAGUUGAGAUAGGUUCAUAUAGUAAAGCUGUAUUAUCCAUAUCUCAGACAAAUAUUAGUGUAUUCAGUCAAAGAAUCAGAUUAUAUAAUGAUGUUAUUAAUAUGAUCAAUAUAUAUAAGCCCAAUGAUGUUAUAGCUUGUGAAGUGCAAAGAAUUCACACUGAUGGUUGUAUCGUUUUGCACACAAGGUCUUCAAUAUAUGGAAAAUUAUCUAAUGGUAUAUUGAUCACAGUUCCCCAAACCUUAAUACAGAACCAGAAGAAACAUAUUUUUGUUUUCCCUUUUAAUGUUCAAGUAAUAUUAGGGAUGAAUGGAUUUAUAUGGAUUUCUUCACCCAUUAAAAAAUCUAAAAACACAAAUCCGAACAGCGUGGAUGAAGACAUUGAAGACAGCAAAUUUGAGGAAGUAGACAACACGACAAGGAGAAAUAUUAGCAUCAUUAGUAAUAUUAUUAAGCUUCUAGCUAAAUACCAUAUUAAUAUUAAUUAUGACAUUAUUACAAAGAUUUAUAUGCAGUAUACGUCAAAUAAAAAUAACACCACUAGCUAUAUUUUGAAACCCUAUGUAUCAGAUUCGUACCUUUUUAGCUACAUCGACAAGUUCUCCAAGUGGGGAUAA